AUGGUAGCCAUUCCUUCUACGCCCAUUGAUCACAUCUACUCUACGGAGAAUCACAUGUUCUCCCAUGAGCCCGUUGGCCGCACCUAUCAUCGCGCUUUUUUCUAUGCCACAGGCUGUUCUGAGGCUGUUCUGACUUAUGUCCCGCAAGACGCCGAUGGCUUCGUUCGUGCACAUAUGUGGAUCGGGGCUGGCCAAUACUCCUCUGAUCAUUCUAUGUGUUCAUCCAUCCUUCCAGUCCACGGUUUCCCCGGUGCUACCCAUAGUCUCUUUGUGGAUGCUUACAGUGUGCUCUAUUAUUUGCGACAUUCUUCCCUUCCCCGAAAUCAAGCUAUCGCCGUUGACCAUACACAUCAUUGUGAUUUACAGUGGUCCGGCGAUGUCUUAGUUAUCAAGCAUAUCGGCCACAAUUUCCAUACUUAUCAGUCCAUGACUUAUGACGAAAAGGCCCUUGUAGAUGCCAUCUUGACGUGGUAG